ACCCACAACUACCAAAAGGAAAUGAGGACUCCAAACUCCUCAUUGCUAUCCCUAAUUUUUGUUCUUCUCCUCUCAUCAACUUCGCGGACAACUUCAUCAAAAACUCAACACAAAUUUCUCCAAUGUCUCUAUCAUUCCAGCAACUCCACUUCAAUAUCCAAAGUUAUUUACACCCCAAACAACUCUUCAUACACAUCAAUCCUGCAGUUCUCCAUAGAAAACUUGCGAUUUGCAACACCCACCACGCCAAAACCCUUGGUCAUUGUUACCCCUUUACAUGAGUCCCACAUCCAAGCAACCAUCUUUUGUUCCAAGAAGUAUGGCAUGCAGAUUAGAGUUAGAAGUGGAGGUCAUGACUUUGAGGGCCUUUCCUACGUGGCUCAUGUCCCAUUUGUCAUCAUUGAUGUUGCAAAUCUUCGAUCUAUCAGUAUCAACACAAAAGACAAAACAGCAUGGAUUCAAGCUGGUGCAACCAUUGGAGAGCUUUACUACAAAAUUGCUAAAAAAAUUAAAACUCUUGGCUUUCCAGCAGGCAUCUGCCCUACUGUGGGCAUUGGUGGACACUUCAGCGGAGGAGGCUACGGAAUGAUGCUGCGCAAAUAUGGCCUUGCUGCAGAUAACGUGAUUGAUGCCCGCAUGAUCGAUGUUGAUGGCAGAAUAAUGGACAGAGAAACAAUGGGGGAGGAUCUUUUUUGGGCCAUUAGAGGGGGUGGAGGAGCUAGUUUUGGAGUCAUUCUUGCCUGGAAAAUAAAACUAGUAUACGUCCCAAAAACUGUGACUGUGUUCACCCUCAACAAGACCUUAGAUCAAAAUGCAACCAGUCUAGUGCAUCAGUGGCAAUACAUCACAGACAAGCUUCACAAAGACAUAUUCCUCAGAGUCGUAGUAAGAACAAUCCAAGAUCAAGAAAAGAAGCCUACAAUGCAAGCUAUAUUUACUUGCUUUUUCCUUGGGAGGGCAGACAAGCUCCUUUCCCUAAUGCAAAAGGGCUUCCCUGAGCUUGGUUUGGCGAAAAAAGACUGCAUUGAAAUGAGCUGGAUCGAAUCCACCCUCUAUGUCGCAAGACUCCCAUACUUUCUGGAAAUCCCAAGUGGAGAAACCAUUGAGUUUUUGCUCCGAAGGACUCCCUUGUCAAAGGGAUUUUCCAAGACCAAAUCAGACUAUGUUAGAAAACCCAUUCCUGAAAAGGUGUUAGAAGGGGUGUGGGAGAGGCUUUUCCAGCUGCAGGGAGCAGCGGCCGAGGUUUUGCUGGUUCCAUUUGGUGGAAAAAUGGGAGAGAUUCCGGCGUCAAAAAUUCCUUUCCCGCACAGAGCAGGGAACAUAUACCAGAUGCAGUACUUGGUCAUGUGGCCAGAAGAAAGCAAUGCAGCUUCUAAGAGCCAUAUUGGUUGGAUUAGGAAGCUUUAUAGGUACAUGGCUCCCUACGUUUCAAGGGCUCCAAGAGCUGCUUAUUUCAACUAUAGGGACCUUGACUUGGGAACUAAUAACAAAGACAAUACAAGCUACGAACAGGCAAGCAUUUGGGGUUUGAAAUAUUUCAAUAACAAUUUCAAGAGAUUGGUGCAAGUGAAAAGCAAAGCUGAUCCUGGGAAUUUCUUCAGAAGCGAACAGAGUAUCCCCAUCUCGUUUGACCCCGAGGAAAUAGAUGGGUGA